AUGGCGAUGUUGCCACGAUGGAUGCGCCUACAGGUGCCCAAACCAAGAACUUUCCUUGGAUUCUUAAAUCUGCGCAUAGGAGUCGAGAUGAUAUCGCUUUCCAUGUUAUUCAACAAAGUCACCGGCUUCUUUGGACUCCUCGCCAUCUUCACAGGCUUCCGAUUAUCACCCCUACAGCUCUCCAUGUACAUAUACUCGGGCAUCGCGCUCGUCCUGCUUGCCAUUCUCGCGCCACAUAUCCGAAAACAAAGUCCGUUUCACAACCUCGCGCUGGCCUGGCUCUACCUGAUCGAUACUAUCGUAAACACCGCUUUCACUUCUGCCUUCACGAUCACCUGGUUCUUGGCCGUCAGCGCCGAUCAGUCGAAGUCGGGCAUUCCCAGCAGUGCACCGGGUAGUGGGACAAUCGAUGAUACGGCCGGCUUCACGAGCCCUAAGUACAAUACAUCCAAAGUUGACGUGGUUGCGACUCCAGGGGCAGGCAUCUCAGGCGGGCAGUCAGCAGUCGCCUAUGCCGCGGCCGGGAAGGCUGCAGCGUCUGCGGCGAGCCCAAGUCUGGGCCAUGCAGCAGGCAUCGAGGAAAGCAUUCCGAGUCUCCUGGUCGUUGUGGUCUUGACUUUGAUCCGGGUGUAUUUCAUUCUGGUCAUGAUGGCAUAUGCACGACAAGUUCUACGGCAAUACGUUUACUCAUCUUCGUCGACAAAACUACACCUUCAUACCGACGGGGCAGUUGAUACCCCAGCGGACAAUCCUUUUGCGGAGAGUGCGCCUGAAGGUCAAGGGUGGAAGGGCAAGUUGGGGAGAAUUAUGGUUGCUGUAGGGAAGGGUUAUUGGCUUGGAGGACAGGCUGACGAAGCUUGGGUUAAGGGGCUGGAUGGGAGAUUCAAGACUACAAGGAUGGCGUCUGGCCCAGGAGGGACCGUGGAGAGAGAAAGAAGAGCGAGGAGCGGAACUGGCCCGCCCAAGCCUUCUCCGAAUUUGGGAAAGCUAUAA